UGACUCUUGUUUCUUUCCGCCAUCAGCCCUUUUUUUUCACUUACAAAAGGCCCUCCCUCCUCUACUGCCUACAUCUAUCUCUCUGCGCUGCACCUCCUCUCUCAGUCUAGCAGGCUGGGCGCUUCCUAAUAUUGAGAUUCCUGCUCCAGUGCUCCAAAUCGACGGUUUUUCCAAAGCUCUCGACGUUCUUUGGGAGACCAAAAAAGGACUUCCUUUUACUCAGCGCUACAGUAUUCCACUGAUCCAGAUACCCAGAUAAUAUUUGUAAUAUGAAGAUUCCUGGUCCUAUGCAGUAAGCAUCGAAGUGGAAAAGAAGAAGCUGAGCAACUUCAUUGGCUUGCUUGAAUCAUGAAUCUGCUCGUCGUUUUAUGUAUGAUUCUUUUCUAUCAAAUUGUUGAUUGAGCCUCAGAAGAGCUCAGAAUUGGUUUGAUGACGUCCUAGAAUUUAGCUAACAUGAAAAGACCUUCAGAGACUUGGGGCCUCCACUCAGGCUCAACACAAUCAGCGGAGUCUGCCUUGGAUAUGGAAAGGAGUGUAUGCGGUAAUCAGAACCCAUCUUCUUGCAUUGUUUCAACACUCCAGCCUUAUGCAUCAGGAGCUCAACAUUCUGAAAGUAAUGCUGCAUACUUCUCUUGGCCUACCUCAACUCUAAUGCAUGAUUCCGCCGAAGGCCGAGCUAAUUAUUUUGGGAACCUUCAGAAAGGGGUCUUGCCAGGUAAUCUCGGUCGCCUGCCAAAGGGGCAGCAAGCGACAACUUUGCUUGAUUUGAUGACUAUAAGAGCAUUUCACAGCAAAAUCUUGCGGCGGUAUAGUCUUGGGACUGCAAUCGGUUUUCGCAUUAGACAAGGAAAGCUGACCGAAACACCGGCAAUUCUUGUUUUUGUUGCUCGGAAAGUUCACCGGAAAUGGCUCAAGCAGAUUCAAUGUUUGCCAACUGCCCUUGAGGGACCAGGUGGUGUGUGGUGUGAUGUGGAUGUUGUAGAGUUUUCAUAUUAUGGUGCGCCUGCACACACUCCAAAAGAACAGUUGUACACUGAGCUUGUGGAUGGGCUGCGUGGAAGUUAUCCUUGUAUAGGUUCAGGUUCUCAGGUGGCAAAUCUGGAGACUUAUGGAACUUUGGGUGCCAUUGUGAAAAGUAGAACGGGCAACAAACAAGUUGGUUUUCUUACAAAUCGGCAUGUUGCAGUGGAUCUGGACUACCCCAAUCAGAAGAUGUUCCAUCCAUUACCGCCCAAUCUUGGGCCUGGUGUCUAUCUUGGUGCUGUUGAGAGGGCAACAUCUUUUAUCACUGAUGACCUCUGGUAUGGCAUUUAUGCCGGAACAAACCCAGAAACAUUUGUACGAGCUGAUGGGGCAUUUAUACCAUUUGCUGAUGACUUUGACUUGUCCAAUGUCACGACAUCAGUUAAUGGAGUAGGUGAUAUUGGAGAUGUUAAAGUUAUUGAUUUGCAGUCUCCAAUCAAAAGCCUCAUUGGAAGACAGGUGGUGAAGGUUGGAAGGAGCUCUGGUUUGACGACAGGAACAGUCAUGGCCUAUGCUCUUGAGUAUAAUGAUGAGAAGGGAAUAUGCUUCUUCACAGAUUUUCUUGUUGUUGGAGAGAAUCAUGAGACUUUUGAUCUUGAAGGAGAUAGUGGUAGCCUUAUUAUUUUAACAGCGCAAGAUGGCGAGAAGCCUCAACCAGUAGGUAUCAUUUGGGGUGGGACGGCGAACCGUGGGAGAUUAAAGCUUAGGAGCGGUCAUGGUCCAGAGAAUUGGACUAGUGGUGUUGAUCUAGGAAGGCUUCUUGAUCUCUUAGAACUUGACCUGAUCACAACUAAUAAAGACCUGCAAGAAGCUCUGCAGGAGCAAAGACUUGCAUUAGUUGCAGCUGUGGAUUCAACUGUUGGAGAAUCAUCUCUUACCAUCGGCAACCUUCCAAAUGAUAAGGCUGAUGACAUUUAUAAACCUCUUGAUAUUAAUCUUGUUGAUGGUGCUGCUGGCUCAGGAAUUAACGACUGUUAUAAACAAUUAGAGUUCCAAGUAGAUAUAGUAGACACUGUGAAGAAUGUGGAGGAGCACCAAUUCAUUACUAGCUUUGCAGGUGCUUCACCAUUGCACAAGAACCAAGAAGAUAAUCCUGAACAGAAAACACUUUCUGCUCUUAGGAACUCAUCUGAAGAAGAUGUUUGUGUUUCCUUGCAUUUGGGCGACCGGGAACCAAAAAGACAGCGAUCUGAGCCAGCAUUUUCAAUCGAUUCUCCCAAAUGAAUUACUGGAGCUUUUUUUUUUGUUGAUGUUUUUUAUUACGCGAGUAAUCUUCAAUCCACUGGCACCAUUAUUUGUCCUGUGAAUGGAAAUGCUGCGGCAAAGUUCCACAGCAUUUUCAUUUUCCAGCUUUCUAAGUUAUCAGAGUUUAGUAAUCCAAAAUAUUUUUCUGUUUCUUCCUACAGUUUUGCAUGUUUCAGAAGAGGACUUGAUCCAGAAUUUUAAAAUGGAAAUUCUUAGAACUAAAUCAGAAACUAUUGCUAUGAAGAACUCGAUUUAGAUAUGUUGAAGAAUUGCUUAAAUGCUCAGCUUGUAUUCAGCUAACUAUUUUUUGUUGAAUAUAAAAUAUCUGCUAGCUUUGCUCAGUGAAAUAGAAGUGCUUAGCUUAUCUUA